GUUCACCUGAUGCACGUGCACCUCAAACAGUGUGGGCAGGUGCCAAAUCCUGCUGGAAAAUGAAAUCAGCAUCUUUAAAAAGCUGGUCAGCAGAAGGAAGCAUGAAGCGAUCCAAAAUUUCUCGGUAAACGGGUGCAGUGACUUUGGUUUUCAAAAAAACACAAUGGACCAACACCAGCAGAUGACAUUGCACCCCAAAUCAUCACAGACUGUGGACUUAACACUGGACUUCAAGCAACUCGGGCUAUGAGCUUCUCCACCCUUCCUCCAGACUCUAGGACCUUGGUUUCCAAAUGAAAUACAAAACUUGCUCUCAUCUGAAAAGAGGACUUUGAAGAGCAGCGUAGAGCAGGAAACUUGAAGGAGGCAUGUGCCGUCAGUUAAGUGUUUUCCAGCACUCCAGCUCGUGCCCAUGCGGAAGAAAGACUCCUCCAAUCUUUGUUUAGCAACUACAACAAGCUCUCUCGUCCAGUAGCAAACAUCUCAGAUGUGGUUCUGGUCCACUUUGGCCUGUCCAUUGCUCAGCUCAUUGAUGUGGAUGAGAAGAAUCAGAUGAUGACCACAAACGUCUGGGUGAAGCAGGAGUGGAACGAUUACAAGCUGCGCUGGAACCCAGAGGACUAUGAGAAUGUCACCUCCAUCAGGAUCCCCUCCGAGAUCAUCUGGAGACCAGAUAUCGUGCUCUACAACAAUGCGGACGGAGACUUUGCGGUGACUCACUUGACUAAAGCCCAGGUGUUUUACAACGGCAGGAUCAAAUGGAAACCUCCUGCCAUUUAUAAAAGCUCCUGCAGCAUCGAUGUCACCUUCUUUCCCUUCGACCAGCAAAACUGCAAGAUGAAAUUCGGCUCUUGGACGUAUGAUCGGGCCAAGAUCGACCUGGUCAGCAUGGCCAGUGACGUAGACCAGAUGGACUAUUGGGAAAGCGGGGAGUGGGUCAUAGUAAACGCCGUCGGCACUUACAACAUCAAGAAGUACGAGUGCUGUACGGAAAUCUACCCAGAUAUCACCUACUUCUUCAUCAUCAGACGUCUGCCUCUGUUCUACACCAUCAAUCUAAUCAUCCCCUGCCUGCUUAUAUCCUGCCUGACGGUGCUGGUCUUCUACCUUCCCUCAGAGUGUGCGGAGAAAAUCACGCUGUGCAUCUCUGUCCUCCUCUCUCUGACCGUUUUCCUCCUGCUAAUCACAGAAAUUAUUCCCUCGACCUCGCUAGUCAUCCCGCUCAUUGGCGAGUACCUCCUCUUCACCAUGAUCUUCGUCACUCUCUCCAUCAUCAUCACUGUGUUUGUCCUCAACGUCCACCACCGUUCGUCCCGCACGCACAGCAUGCCACACUGGGUCCGCCAGCUGUUUCUACACCUGGUGCCCCGUUACCUGUUCAUGACACGUCCGCCUGCCUCGGGUAAGAGGAACUGUGGGAAACUGAUCGAGAUGAUGCACAAGCCAAUGGCGUCACAGUCCAUGUUUCUGCGGAACAACAUUCUGGAUAUUUCUCCGCAAACUCCCCAUUUGGACGUGAUCUCGGUUGCCCAGUUGGAUCAAAUUCAACAGGACUCUUCCCCCAAACCCAUGUUUUUCUGCAGUUCUCCCAGCAGCCAGUAUUCCAUCCUGCAAGAGGAAGCAUUGCAAACACCUCAAACGCCGGCCCUUGGUUAUACAUGCGCAUACACAAACAGCAUCUUUGCCUCAAGCACUACUUCUUUUCCAGAUACUAUCCUUGGUACUUUGCUACACACCAUCCCGCAGGAAGGAGCCGAGUGUACAGACUGUGAUAUCCAAGGCCAGAGUGCUGAGAGCGUCUUCAUGGAAGCCAAAGAGAGCGUCCUGGGAGCAGGGAGUUGUCAACACUGUCUUACAUCUGAGGGGACGAGUCUGCAGAAGCUUGAUCACGAGGAAGCCGGGAGAUGUACCAGACAUAACUUGCCCAACGCUCAGAUCUUCAGCUCUAACAGUGACGGCACUACUGAUCUGAGCAAUCUGUCGCAGUCCCUGCUCAAAGCCUUGGAAGGAGUUCAGUACAUUGCUGACCAUCUGAGAGCAGAGGAUUCAGACUUUUCAGUGAGGGAAGACUGGAAAUACGUUGCCAUGGUGAUUGAUAGAAUAUUCCUCUGGAUGUUUGUGCUGGUGUGCAUUCUGGGGACAGUCGGACUCUUCCUCCCACCGUGGCUGGCUGGAAUGAUCUAGAUCCUCGUGUGGAGUCUCUGAUUGGCUCUGUGUGGGUGGGGAAUGGCCUUGUCAAUUACACUUGACUUCAGUGACCUCAUUAAACAUCUGCUGUCAUGGAAAUUAAGUGAUGUUUAAUGUCAGUGCUUCUCGGUGUAACAGGAAGUUAGUAGUGGGAUUCUGUGCACUUAAAGGACUGGUUUGGGUUAAAUGCAAGUUAAUGAAAAAUGAAAUUAAAUAAAAUGAAACUGAUGUGAACAUUUACUCUUUCUUUACUCUUUAUAUAUGGAGGAAUUGGUUACACUUUACUUGA